AUGUUCAUGUACUACACGGACAGACACAACGUACGCCGGAGUGUACCGUGCACUCUGCCCCACCGCUACCGAGCCAAACUCUUAUCCCACAUCAAAUGCCACACUGCACACACGCGCGCGUAUGGGGUGGUGUUUAUGCACAACCUACGACAGCCCUGCAAUUAUACGGCGGAGACAGGGACGUUGCAACACACGUGCGUAGUACACAAUGUACGUGACACGCACAACCCGCAUAGUAUGAGCAUGCUCAUGGACCCAGCCUAUCGAGCGCAGCGCCUGGCAGAGACAUACUUGGCCCAGAAUAACAGGUGGGAUGGCCACAGUCAGGUCACACGGACCUUUGAUCGCGUGGAUGUGGCUGAGAAGCAGGAGGCGCAGAGACAGGGCUGGGGACGGGAAGGCUGA